AUGGGUCUUAAAAAGAAGAAAAACGUUAUAAUCCUAACAUCGUGUAUAGCAUCUUGUUUUAUAUUAUAUCAAUUGUAUUUCUUUCUCACCAUAUCAUCUGCUGAUAUUGGUCACAAAGUCGUACCAGUUCUAGAUUACGAUCGUGUUAAAAACUACAUUCAAACUCGUACGAAACGAGAUAAAUACAUAAACAUCCACGGCAUUAUACGAGGUGUGUAUUUCAAAAACGUGAAAGAAUACCGUCCGGAUUCCAACAAUGAGUUCUCCUGUCUCACAUCGCACGAGAAAAUACCUAUCGAACAAUUAAACGAUGACUUUUGUGAUUGUGAGGAUGGAUCAGAUGAGCCGAGUACAACGGCUUGCCCUAACGGCAUAUUUUACUGUGAUACCCAGUUCAGCAAGGGAAGUGAUGUGUUCAGCGUUCCGUCGAACAAAGUUAACGAUGGCAUCUGUGACUGCUGCGAUGGCUCCGAUGAGUUUGAACAUCCCGAUGAUGUUUCAGAACUUAGUGAAUGA